AUGCUUCUGAAGUUUGGGAAAAAGAGUCACAGCCCGACUACACGCAACACGGAAACAGAUAAUGUCAGUGUUGAUGGUUCUGAGCUUCUUGCUCGUUUUCACUGCUAUCGCCAUUUCGAAAGAAUAGUGAAAAAAAGAUACAAAUGGCUUGAUAAAGUGGACGUUGUUAUUGGUAAGGUUGAUGCAGUCACAAGCUUUGAUAUAUAUUUCAUAUAUGCCUAUCCUCUUCUAACGGUGGAAGAGUUUCAGAAAGGGCAUGUGGAUUCAGACAAGAUCAUUAACAUUGCAUACAUGUUUAAUACACCCGAGGGGAGGGUGAAGAACCCAGAUUUUCUGAAGGAGGUUUUGUCUCUUUGCAAGAAAGAAGAUCAUCUCAUAGUGGGUUGCCAAAGUGGAGUGAGAUCUGUAUAUGCAACUGUUGAUCUUCUGGCUGAAGGGUUUAAGGAUGUCUCCAACAUGGGUGGAGGUUAUCUGGAUUGGGUUAAAAAGGAAUUUUCUGUCAAGAUACAUGUCACUAAAUAGGAGGAGGGGGAGGAGGGCUUAAAAGUUAAUUAAGUGUCAAUCACCUCCUUAAGAUCUAAGGUGAUAGUGUGGGACUUUUUUAUAUUGGUGUAGUUAGUCGAAGGCCAUCACCGAUUCGAAGAACAUCAAAGCAGCAUCAUCCGUUGUCGGCACCAAUAACCCCUCUUAUUUCUUUGGAAAUAAGAGGAAAUUGGGAAAUGGAGGAGGAAAACCUAAGAGGGAGAGAAGGAGAACUCAUGGAGAAAGCUAUUUUCGUACUCAUAGUACAACCUUCACAAAAUGAGUCACAACUCUCUGCUCGUAGCUCCAAAUCAGGUAAUUCUUGAAGAUUCGGAUUCUACACGAAAUUUCCUUCGAUUUGAUAUAUUAAUUCGUGUCAGGGAAGUUCUUGAUGAGGGAGAUAAGCGAGUUUGAAGAUUGGAGAUUCUUGUUGAAUUUAGAGAAAAAGUCCAGAUUUUUGGCUAAGAUUAAGGAUUAGCGGCUUGUGAUGGGCGAGGAUAACUCGUAGAGUUACUUCGUUUAGUUCAGUUGUGUCGGUGUCAUGCUCUGGUCUUGUAACACUGGGGGACGUUGCGUUUAGAGUUGGAUGAUAACUCUAGUAUUGAUUUUGUUGUUGAAUAAUGUUGUUCAUCCCUUGAACGUGGUAGAUGAUGGUUUUGAAUAUUCAACUAAUAAAGUAUUCUGCUGUGUUUUAAA